CCUACAACUCAAGAAUCGGUGCCGGUCGGUGAGUCGCAGGCGGACUAUCAGUCAUUACAUUCCCAUUAACCAAUGGACACCGCGCACACAGCCUGAUUUUUGUUGUCUUUUCUCAUUUCUCUUACGCCCCUCUACAUUUCACGACUUCCUCCACGACUGUCUGCGAACCUCAUCCUUGGUCUCAUCUCUCACACCCACCCCUCUGCACAACCAUGCGCACUUCCGCUUUCAUUAUCCUUGCCGCCGCCCUCGCCACGGUCUCGUCCGCCGUAGCCGUGCCCGUCAACUCCGCCAGCAGCGUGCCCGAGCACCACACGCACCGCCCAGAGAACACUGUCGCGCACCAUCCGCACGUGCACGCGGCACACGCCAUCCCGGAGGGCAGCCGCACAUGGCAGACCGGCGCCGACUUCAGGUUUGUCAAGUCGCACGCCGGGCGCGAGGAUUCGGAGGAGCUCGUACGGCGCCACAAGAUCACCACGGGAGGGUCGGCGCACGACGCGCAUGUCGCUCAAUCCGGUGGAAGGGGACACGGCAGACGCAGCAAGAUCACCGGGGGGAGUUCUGAGCACGACGCACACGUCGUUCACUCCGGCGGGAGGGGACACGGCAGGCGCGACGAAGAGCUUGCCCGGCGCCACAAGAUCACCGCGGGAGGCUCGGCGCACGACGCGCACGUCGCCCACUCCGGUGGACACGGCAGACGUAGCAAGAUCACUGGGGGGAGCUCUGAGCACGAUGCGCAUGUCGCCCACUCCGGCGGGAGGGGUCACGGUAGGCGCGACGAAGAGCUUGCCCGGCGCCACAAGAUCACCGCGGGAGGCUCGGCGCACGACGCGCAUGUCGCCCUCUCCGGUGGAAGGGGACACGGCAGACGCAGCAAGAUCACCGGGGGGAGUUCUGAGCACGACGCACACGUCAUUCACUCCGACGGCAGGGGCCACGGCAGACGCGAGGACUUCGAGGAGCUUGCCCGCCGUAAGGUCAGCUGGAAGGGCCUGGCGCACGACGCCCCCUCCGCGUUCCGCGCCGGAGCGAGGAUCUACCACGACAUCAAGGGCAAGCGCGACGACGAGCUUGCUCGUCGCCUGCUCACCUGGGAGCCUGAGGCUUGAAGUUGAAUGUUCCAAUUUGCGCUUCACGCCCCGCGUUCCUUGCCAGUGUGCGCGAUUUCGCCUGACAGGAACUCGGAUGGGAUCCACAGGGAUGCGUAGUCGAUGGGGACCGCGAUGUACUACUACGUUUGCUGCCGGACAUGGUACAGUCAGUAGAGUGUUUGCCCUAGAGAAUAUAAUCGCACAUUGAGCAGCUC